AUGAUAGUAGAUGCAAAGCAAUGGGUUAUUAAAAAUGAACCUACUCCAGGAAAACCUUUCAAUUUUGACUUCAAAGAUAAAUCUUCUACUUUUGAAUUGAUCACUAAAAAGAUUGAUACAGAUAAGUUGAAAGAAGACGAGAUAUUGGUCAAAACGCUGUUGCUUUCCAAUGAUCCGGCUCAGAAAAUGUGGAUUGCAUCUGUCGACAAGAAUUAUGCAAAGGGCACUUCCAAAGGUGAUCAAAUCCCUUCUCGUGGUAUAGCUAAAGUAAUCUUUUCUAAAAAUGCAAAUUAUCAAAUAAAUGAUAUUGUGUCAGCUAAUGUUAAUUGGACAAAUUACAAUGUAAUUUCUGAUUUCCAAUUUGCCACAAAACUGAAUAUUUUGCCCAAUACAGAAUUGUUUUGGUAUUUGUCAGUGUUUGGAGGCACGUCAUUAACUGCUUAUUUUAUCUUUUAUAGAUAUGCAGAAUUAAAAGAGGUUGAAGCUGAUUACGAGAAGACUUAUUUGAUUUCCGGUGCUGCCGGUGCAGUCGGUUCAGUAUGCAUUCAAUUAGCUCUGAAUGUCUUUAAAGCUAAGAAAGUGAUUGCAAUUGCUGGUGGUAAGGAAAAAGUGGCAUUUGUAGAAUCAUUUGGAGAUAGAGUCAUUGGUGUGGAUUAUAAAGAUGCCAACUAUAAGGAACAUUUGUUCAAAGCUGCAGGCGGUGAAAAUACUGUGGAUAUUUUCAUUGAUAACAUUGGAAGUGAUACAUUGGAGUAUGGUACUACACUUUUAAAACCACAUGGCUAUUUAAUCGUUUGUGGUGCUAUCAGUGCUUAUAACGAUCAUUCCAAAUUUGUUUAUAAAUCGUAUGCAUCUAUCUUAACAAAGAGAUUGACAAUAAAAGGAUUGCUUUUGAUGGACAAUAGAGAUCAAUUCCCCAAAGCAAUUGAAAAAUUAUCUCUGUUGAUUGAGGAAAAUAAAUUAAGCGUUGAUAAGAGUGCUACCAUCGUAGAUGCGUUAGGUGAUAAAUUUGAAGAUAUUCCUUUGAUUUGGAAUGGGCUAUUUAAUGGUAUUAAUAAAGGUAAGUUAAUUACUAAAAUAAAUGAUGAAUAA